UAGAACCCCUGCCAAUUUUGAAAAAGAAGGAAGAAGCUGCCGUCCAUACAAAAACCAUCCAAACCAUUAGCAAAUAAAUGAUGAGUGUCAUGAACAGCCUCAAAAAAGUCCAAUAUACCUAUUCUAGGCAACAUGUCCCAUAUUACUACAACAGUCGGACAUUACAAAGUUAUGAUCAACAUCACUACUUUAUUGAUAACACUAAGUAGAUGAAUUCUCGCGCUUCGCUCAAUAGUUAUCAAAUAUCGAUGAUAUUUUGAACACUGUGAGAGCAGAAACUCGAUCCUAUGUAAAUGUGUGAACUGUUUUAUCAUUAGUCUCUUUGACUCCGGUGAUCGACAUGUGUUUCGUUAUGUGCUAAAUUAAUUUCAAAAUAAUAAAAGUUGUUGCAUGAAAUUUAAUUCAUAUUUCGUAGUGACAAAAUAUUUGUUCAUUAACAUAAGAGAUAUUGUUAUGAACAAUUUGUUUAAAGAGUGCUCAGAAACUAUAUAGUGAGUGCAGUUAGUUAUUUUGGACACAUUGUUUAGAUCGCUAUUUAGGUGAAUGAGGUUUACACUAAGCGUACUUAGUCACCCAUUUAUCAUUGUAGACACCGGGAUGUUUCUCAAUGGAUGUCUGACCUGCCACGAGCCAUUGUCAAUAGAACAAUGUUGUUGACCGCAGGAAAAUAAACAAGUCAUAUAGCCGCGAUUAGUGACAACAACUUCCAGUUAUCAUUGUAGAGAGCUUCGGAAAACACGUAGAUGUAUUUACUAUGCAUCGCCUCAUACUAAUCCUGUGUUUAACGCCUCGGUUCAGCGGGUCACACGACAUUCAGCACCAAAUGUAUUCACACGUCACCAGAAAAUCAAGAUCCAACUCACCGACGGUGGAGACCAGCUAUGUGUACAGUCAGUUCGGCAAUAACCCUGGACAUUUGUCAACGUACAAUAAUCAACUUGAUAAACCUAAGGUUGGUUUAAGGAAAAUUACCAAAAAGUCAGCUGAUAAACUCGGAUACGAUGUGUCACUAUUCGAUAGUCAUGCCAGGAGAGAACCUGACGACAGCAUUUAUCCUCAUACAACACCAUUCAUAGAAAAGAGGCAUGGAGACUACGACCUGGAAAGGGCUUUGUCUGAUGCUAGGUACGACUCCUCAAGAGCAAGAUCUAGUGGUAUGUUAGAAAAACUAAAAUCUCUCGAGCAUUACCGUCCGCCCUCAGACGUGAUUAAUGAAGUGUUGUCUAUGUAUGACAGUGGCAAUGAUUACCACAUGGACGAAGACGAUGUAAGGACAAGCUCUAGGAGCUUAUACGACAAUUGGCCAUAUUUUUAUCACAGUCCUUAUGAAUACGAACAUAACAAAGAUAUAUCUGAUACAGAAAAAGCAAAAGAUAAACGGUACGCAGCGGACACAGUUAAAGACGUCAUUCCCGUCCAUGAGCACAUUGAAAACGAUGGUCCACACAAUUAUGAAAAUACGCCAUCGUACAUUCAUGAUCGCGAUAACCCUAUGAUGGGUGACGAACCAUUCUUUUCGUUUGUUUUGAACGAUUAUUACGAGAGGAACAACGACGACGAUCCAUUAAUUUUUAAAGGCAUACAUUGGGGUAAAGACUUUGAUCAGGAUACCUACAUUCCUGGAUCAGAAGAUGUUAAGAGAAAUCGUAGAUUAGAAAAGGACUAUUAUACUACAAUGAGACCUAUAUCUACUUAUUCAGCGCCAACUCAUAGUGACGCUUCCAAGUAUACACUAGCAGAUUCUGCAACAGAGAAAUUCGCUAACAAAAUACAUGAAUAUGACAAAUUCAAUACUGGACAAAAGAGAAAUUCCAAUUAUAACUCAGGUUUCGAUAACAGUGCAAAUCGCUACACAGGGUUCAAAGACUUCUUAGAUAGUUUUGCUAACAAAUUUGGAGUUGAAGACCACACACAAUCUAAUAAUUAUCAGCAUCAAACUAAUCAGGACAAGGGUGAAAGUAGGAAAGGUUUCCGAAGAGUGUAUCAUAAAGACGAGUAUCAAGAGGACAACGAAUUUUUCGACAGAAAUAAUAGUUCAACGAAAACUGAUAAUAGGAAUGAUUCAAAGGCUCAUGUUAAGGGCGCUGAAGGAGUAUUGAGGUCGCACGCAGCAGCGGCUGUAGGCAACGAAACAAGUGCAGCUAACAAUUCAGGUAACACGAACAAAACGAAGUUUGACGACAGACAAAAAGGACAAGAAACGAUCACGAAUUUAAAUAGCCAAUUCAACAAAUACAUAGACGUCGCAAAACAAGCCGCUCUCAGCAACAAUGCAGACUACGCUGAUCAUUACAAGAUAUGACUAGCACUUGAUCACGUCAAUAACGUACUCAAUCAGCAGGACAGUACUGAAAGUGAUGAAGAGAAAAGCGAUGAGGCAGAGAUAGGAGAAUAAACUGGGAAAAGUGGAAGGAAAUCUGAGGGCCUAGAUAAUUUUACACCUCACUACAACA